GAUUAUCCCUCCCACCCUCACAAAUGCUGGUUGGCCUUAGCUUUUAUUCCCAUCCUUCCCACUCACAAAUGCUGGUAGGCGUUAGCUUUAAUCCGCAUUCCUCCCCUCACAAAUACUGGUUGGCGUUAAAUUUAAUUCCCAUCCCUACUCCCAUCCCUCCUCCUCACAAAUUCUGGUUGGCGUUAGCUUUAAUUCCCAUCCCUCCACCUCACAAAUGCUGGUUGGCGUUAGCUUUAAUUCCCAUCCCUCCACCUCACAAAUGCUGGCUGGCGUUAGCUUUAAUUCCCAUCCCUCCCACUCACAAAUGCUGGUUGGCGUUAGCUUAAAUCCCCAUUCCUCCACCUCACAAAUGCUGAUUGGCGUUAGCUGUAAUCCCCAUCCCUCCCACUCACAAAUGCUGGUUGGCGUUAGCUUUAAUUCCCAUUCCUCCACCUCACAAAUGCUGGUUGAUCUUAGCUUUAAUUUCCAUCCCUCCACCUCACAAAUGCUGGUUGGUCUUAGCUUUAAUUCCCAUCCCCCAACCCCACAAAUGUUGGUUGGCGUUAGCUUUAAUUCCCAUCCCUCCUCCUCACAAAUGCUGGUUGGCGUUUAUUUUAAUUCCCACCCCUCCCCCUCACAAAUGCCUGUUGGCGUUAGCUUUAAUCCCCAUCCCUCCACCUCACAAAUGCUGGUUGGUCUUAGCUUUAAUUCCCAUCCCUCAACCCCACAAAUGUUGGUUGGCGUUAGCUUUAAUUCCCAUCCCUCCUCCUGACAAAUGGUGGUUGGCGUUAAUUUUAAUUCCCACCCCUCCCACUCACAAAUGCUGGUUGGCGUUAGCUUUUAUCCCCAUCCAUCCCUCUCACAAAUGCUGGUUGGCAUGUCUUUUGCUCCAGGUAAAUAAUCAACACAAUAAGACACCUGCGUCAUGCUGUGUUGGGUGCAUAAAAUGAGAUUCUUGUUCCUUUGGCAAAAUUCUUUGGUAAAAUUGUAUCGCAUAUUGAAAAUUUGUAUUACAAAUAAAUCUUAACACAAAUUUAUUGUGAAGAGCAAGAAUAGUUUUAUCACAAUUAUCACACUAGUCAUAUCACAACUCACAUUUUUAUUUUGAUGAUUUUGCUAGCACACUUGUAAGACAAUAGAGGGUUAUCUAGAAUAUUGAAAAACUUUUUUAAUAGAAAAUAAAUUAGAAAACACAAUGUAAAAGUGAUCGGUGAAAAGUGAUCAUCAUUUAUUUUAUGGCUUGUCGUAUUUCCGUUCACCACAAAUAAUAAUCAAAAUUGUGUUAAGAGCAAUUUACCAGCGCAAUUAUUUUCAAACCGUUACGUGUUAUAUCUUGAACUCUGAUUGUCUACUCGGUAAAAUGUCGAACUCUUGAUUGACUCUAGUCAAGCUCUUUCAGAUCUCAAUUGAACAAUGAAAGCUUUGGUUAAUAAAAGAUUUAGCUAAAUCAGUCUUCGUAUUCGACUCAAUUGAAGCAUGGUUGAUAAAAGCUUCAACUGGAUCGGUCUGGACUGCUGUCAAUCCCCCCAAAAAAUACAGUAAUGUCUCUCUAUACUUUAAUCCACACCAAAUCUUCACAUAAAUAUCGAUUCAAAUACAACUUUCCCUUCUACAAACAUCCCUUUUUUUAAUAAAUCAUUUUUUUUCUUUCGUGCGAAAAAAAAAGUCAAAACAAAAACAUCUAUCAAUUAUUAGUUUUGAAUUUUUCUUCAGACAUGUUGACUUUAAAGAAGCAUGAGAACCGACCAGCUGAUGCAAAAAUCAACAUCCUUUUUUAAUUUUAAUUUCGUUAUCAAACAUAGCAUACUGUGUCACCAUAGAAUUAAACCGGCGGUGUCAGAGCAAUCAGCGACCGAGACCAUGAUUACUAGUAAUGGGGCUGUUUUAAUGAGAAAAAUAGCAUUUGAUUCAUAUUGCAAAAUUUACAUUCUCGAGCUACGAUUGAACGGCGAAGCACCCGAAAAACAAACAUACAAUCAAAGGCAGUAUGUUAUCUAAACCCCGCCUAGAGAUAGCCGCGUUUAGGUCAUCUCUAGAGCUCGUGUGGUGAACAUCGCCAUGAACGACUUAUCGUUAUCUAAUCAAAGCGAAUUCGUCAGCGAUUGCCCUGGAUUUUUAGUGGAACGCUGGCCAUACGGUUUGCAUGAACGCAGUAUGUUUAUCGCCACUAGUGUAUUGAACAUACCAUUUGGUCUCAUGGCGAUUGCUGGGAAUGCUCUCAUACUCUGCGCUAUCUUUCGUAACAUCUCCUUACAUCAGCCAUCUUACAUGCUCCUCUGCAGCUUGGUACUUAGCGAUUUUUGUGUUGGGUUUCUAGUACAGCCGAUGUACGGUUUAUGGAAAGUCUUUGAAAUCCGAAGAAACUUUCAAGUGUACUGCCACCUAGGGACGAUCUUCAGCGCUUUGUCUAUAGCCCUCUCUGGCGUCUCGUUCUUGAAUAUCUUGCUCGUCACGUUAGACAGGUUUCUAGCGCUGUUCCUCCAUCUUCGCUACAACUCGAUGGUAACCAUGCACAGAACGAGACUUGCGAUUUUUGUCAUAUGGGUCGUCGGUGCGACAAACUCGGCCAUUCAAUUUAUCGACAGAAAGUUCUACUUUAUGUCUAGUUGUGCCAUCAUAUUUCUGAGCAUACCAAUAACACUUGUUUGCUACUAUCAGAUAUUCCGUGUGAUCAAACGACUGAAAAAACAAGUGUCAGUGGCACCGCAGAAAAAUACCAUGGAAAAUAAUAAUAAUAAUAGUAAUAAUAAUAAUAAUACCAUGGCGCACUACAAGAAGUCUGUCGUCAGUGUUUUCUAUAUUUACGGACUGUUUUUCUUGUGCUAUUUGCCUUACACCUGCACCAUGGUCUACAUGCUGGUCUAUACUCGUGGAGUACGGACCGAUAUGACUUAUCACGUGUCUGGUACUAUAGUUCUCCUUAAUUCAUCUCUGAACCCGAUCAUUUAUUGCUGGAAGAUAAGAGAGUUAAGGCAGGCCGUAAAACGCAUUAUCCCAGUGUUUAACUGAACAAGAUAGCAAGUGAAUAUGCCCUAGCAUAAACCAAAAACAUUGUUAUUGCAAACGGCAAAUGUCUAUUGGCAAAUGGCUACGACCAUAAAGCAUAAUGGGAUUCUACCAAAUGCAUUUCACAAUCCAUAAAAUCAAGGCCAUCAAUGUUUCUCUGACAUUGGGGUAGUAAUGUAUCACUAUUAUUCUUAGGAAUAGUUAGCACGUAUAAUCCACCUUUCGGUCCCUGCCAUUGCCGUCUACAAUGACAAGUUCCUUUUUUCAUUAGGUGUAUUAGGUGUAUAGGUCACUGGGCAUGCUGAAAACAUUGGAAAUCCCAUCAUACUCGGAGCAAAAAUUGUCAAACUAUAAAAAAAACCUUUUUGUAAAAAUGUCUACUGUUUCUUCUAGAAGCCCCUGUGGAUUUUAGAGAUUGCAGCUGCUAUAACCAGUUUAUGAAUAUAAAUAAAAGUGUAAAAAAAACCUCAAACGAAAAGUGAAACAUC